AUGUGCAAUUCUCCUCAAUAUGACUCAAUAAUAACAGAAGUUGUUAGUGUGCGAGAGCAUGUGUCCUCAAUCACCAAGGAGCUUAGGCAUUUAGUGGUUUUAGUAGACACUGAUCAACAUUCCCUAAAUGAACUAGCCCGUAUGAUCAUUUGGAGUCUUGUGUUUGGAAUAUCCCACAUCAGUUUUUAUGAUAUAACAGGUGAAUUGCAAAAAAAGGAAGACAAAUUAUUUUUUGAAGUUGAAAAACAAAAGAAAGGUAUACCUGGCUGUAUUAAGUGGUCAAAAAUGCCUAAUUUAAAUGGGUACACAAAUGGUAUACAUGCAAACACAAUUUUUGUAAAUAUAUUAUCAUAUAAUGAUGGACGACCAAAACUCACCAAAUGUAUACAGGAAAUAUCAAGAAAUACUAUGUUAUGUGAAAAAAGUUUAGAUGAAUAUACGUCUCAAGAAUUAGAUUGGACAUUUAAAUCUAAAUAUCCACUAAUUCCUGAUCCCAAUUUGGUCUUAUACACUGGACCUUUAUGUUGUACAUAUGGCCUCCUACCAUGGCAUAUAAGAUUUGGUAAAUGA